AUGGCUGUUAGGCCGGAAUUGGUUUGUCCGGAUCUUGCUUCUAUUUCGGAUUCUGAGGCAGACAGGUUAGUAUUACCUUUCUUAGUGGAUGAUAUUAAAGAGAUUGUUUGGGAAUGUGAAGGUGAUCGUGCACCGGGGCCGGAUGGGUUCAAUUUCAGGUUUAUUAAAAAGUGUUGGGCCGGGCUACGUGCCGAUAUUGUCGAUCUUUUUAAUAGAUUUUAUAAAGAGGGUUCGCUCAAUAAAUGUUGUACUUCUUCGUUUAUUGCCUUAAUUCCAAAAGUCAAAGAUCCAGAUAGCCCAGCGGACUUUAGACCAAUAAGUCUAAUUGGCGUGGUCAAUAAGGUUAUCUCAAAAGUAUUUGUGAAUCAGCUAAAAGGGGUGUUGGGAAAGUUAGUUUCUGAACAACAAUCGGCGUUUCUGGUUGGCAGAAAUAUCAUGGAUGGCCCACUAGUCCUUAAUGAAGUAUUGAGUUGGUUAAAGAAGUACAAGCGUAGGGGGAUGUAUUUCAAAGUAGACAUUAAUAAGGCUUAUGGUUUGGUUAACUGGGAAUUUCUUAACUCGAUAUUGUCUCAAAUGAAUUUCCCAAGUAGGUGGAGAGCAUGGAUAAUGGCAACUUUAUCCUCUGCAAGGGCCUCGGUUUUGGCCAAUGGAUCGCCGACUAGGGAAUUUGAUUGUUCCUGUGGGCUGCGUUAG